UACGUUCAAGCAUGCGUAGUAGGCUACAAGGAAGGACAAAGCAAUUGUGUGAUGAGGGCCGGGCUUUUAACGAUGAGGCAACAAGCCGUGACACGGAGAUUGCUGAGGAACUGGCUAGGCUGGACCGGACUCUGGAAUCGGCGUGUUGGAAUGAUCACAGCCGUGCUGACCAUGAGCCAGACACCCACCCUCCUUAUCGCCUCGCUGACAAAGAAGCUGCUCCCUCAUGUAUCCACCACCCUCGACAGAGUAUGUCCUCCCGACACAAACUCGUACUACCAUACUCCCAGAAGUCCCCAACAACAACAGCAACCGUCCGCGCCCCCAAACAACCAGCAACAGCAGUAAAAGCUGCCGCUCCUCUUAUCACAUCAUCUCAUCACAUUGUAGCGUCUGCAG